CAAUCCUCCGAUCGAAGAGCUUCUUCCUCCUCCAGACAAUUCUUUCCUGCACAUUCAUGGCUGAAGAUAUUGAUGUUCCUCAGUAUUUCGUAUGCCCCAUUUCCCUUCAGAUCAUGACAGACCCUGUAACAGUCAUUACAGGCAUCACAUACGACCGAGACUGCAUCGAGCACUGGCUAUUCCACGCCAAGAACACCACCUGCCCUGUAACCAAACAGCCUCUCCCCAAAGACUCCGAGUUAACUCCAAAUCACACAUUACGCCGGUUGAUCCAGGCGUGGUGCACAGACAAUGCCUCCAAAGGCGUGGAUCGAAUUCCGACUCCGAAACCGCCUCUCAGUAAGGCUCAAGUCGUGAAGCUGCUCAAGGACUUUUCAGACCCGAAGUUCCAGCUUAAGAUCAUCAGGAAACUGGAGCUGCUUGCUACCGAAAACGAAGGUAACCUAAAAUAUAUGGCGGAAGCCGGUGUGGCAAAAACCAUGCUGUUAUUCAUCGUAACAUGCUGUAAAAAUGGUAGGGUAGAUGGUUUGGAAGAAGCACUCAGCGUGCUUCACUUUGUUCGGAUUCCGCCCGAUGAAUUAAACCAUCUUUUGUUAGCGAACAGUCAGAUCAUGGACUCGUUGACCUGGGUUUUAAGCCGCGAAAUGGAGAACCAAAUCGCGGUGAACACCCACGUCAUGUUGGUUCUCAAGUCCAUAAUUCAGAAGGUGAGUUCUAGCGUGCUAGAAACUCUCAACCCAGAAAUUUUCAGGAUCCUUUUAGGGGUUUUGAGAAAAGGUGCAGUCACAAAGCAAGGCACCAAUGCGGCUUUACAAGUGAUGCUAGAUACUUGUCGCUGUGGAAGCAAUCGAGUCAAAAUGGUUGAAUCCGGCGCAGUUUAUGAGCUUAUUGAUCUCGAAUUUGGUGAUGCAUUUCACGAAAAGAAAACUACUGAGCUCGUUCUGGGGAUACUGUUCCAUCUGUGUUCUUGUGCUGAAGGGAGAGCUCAGUUUCUUUGUCAUAAAGCAAGCAUAUUUGUAGUUUCCGAGAGGAUCUUAAGGGGUUCGCAGGCGACCGACGAUCGAGCUGUUCUGAUUCUUUACUUGAUAAGCAAGUACUCUGGAAAUAAGAUGGUGCUUCAGGAAAUGUUGGAGGUUGGAGCAGUGAAGAAGCUUAUAAUGCUGAUCCAAGUCGACUGUGCUCCAUAUUUGAAAGAAAAAGCAAGGGAAAUUAUUAGUUCACAUUCCGGUGAGUGGAAGAACUCUCCUUGUUUCCCUCGCAGCUCUGUCACGGGCCAUAGUAUAAUUAUUGAUGGAUAAUACGUGCCAUUUUUUCAUCCGAUCCGAGAAGAUUAUGCUCAAUUACCAUUAUGUUUAGAUUUAAAUCAUUUAAUGGUAGUUAAACAGGAUUAAUUAUUAUUGUAUUGAUAGACA